GCGGCGCCCCGCGGUGGUGUCGCGAGGGGGCGGUAGGGGUGGCGAUGCCGUUCGCCAGUUGUUACCCGUAAGCCCGCGCUUGCGGACGACGGGCGUGAAAACCAUCAGCCCCCGCGAUCAUCCCCCGUCGUCGCACGACUCGAGCUCCCUCGAUUCUGUGUGAUUUUUGUCCUCCGGCCCCCCCGCUCCGUACCCUCUUCCUCACGCAAGGGAACCGACCGCUCUCCACCGUGGUCCACCACGCUCGUGAUCGUCGUUUGGCCGACGAACCACCUCCUCGCGCGCACGGCUCGUCGCCAUCGUCGUGAUCGUCACGAUCGCGCGCGCUGCCGUACUCGUCGUCCGUAAUCAGCCCCUUUCCUUCCCCCCCAGUCCCUCCCGCCGCUCACUCCCUCGCGGGAUAUCGCGUAGCGCGUAUCGCAUAGCGGUGGUGGUGCUGGUGUUGGUGGUGGUGGCCGUCAUCGGUAUGAACGAUGAUGGACGUGGAGGAGACCAACACGGCGUCCACCGCGAGCUCCUCGCCGAGACCCUCCAGCCCCGCCGCGGACUCCACUUUCAUCAGCGUGAAGAAAGAACCUACGGACGAGCCCAGCAGCCCUUUGGAGGCCACCAGUCCCGGUUCCAUCCUACGCAACAACAACGAGCAGCAUUACGCAGCAGCUGACUCCAACAGUUCGACGCCCGCUAAGAGUUUCGUACCCUGUAAAGUUUGCGGCGAUAAGGCGAGCGGCUAUCAUUACGGCGUUACUAGCUGCGAGGGUUGCAAAGGCUUCUUCAGGAGAAGCAUACAGAAGCAGAUAGAGUACAGGUGCUUGAGGGACGGCAAGUGUCUUGUCAUCAGAUUAAAUCGGAACCGUUGCCAGUACUGCAGAUUCAAGAAGUGCCUAGCCGUCGGCAUGUCCAGAGACUCCGUAAGAUACGGCAGGGUGCCGAAACGCUCGAGAGAACGCGGCCCCGAGGACACGAUGGCGACGACCAUGACGACGACGACGACGACGACGACGAUGGCGGCCAUGGAGAUGCAGCAACUGAACACGCCCGAUACUGGCAACAACAACGCCAGCAACAAGAACAACAAUAACAACAACAAUAACAACAACAACAACAAUAAUAACACUCAAAGCCAGAACGCGAUCUCACGGGUACCGUCGGCGGCGGUGGUCGAGGCUGAUCAAUCGGACGCUGACGUGAAGCAACUAGCCGUAUACGAUGUGAUUCAUCAGGUCUCGCAAGCUCAUCACGCUCAUUGCGGCUUCACGGAAGAAUCCACCAGGGGCCUCACGAGGAAACCUAUGAUAAUACCGGCGAGUAAUUCUUCGCAGCCCGCGAGCCCGGAAGAUCCAGAAGCGGCGUCCUCGACCGCGGAGACGGUCGAGUCGCAGAGGAUCUGGCUGUGGCAGCAAUUUGCCACGAGGGUGACGCCGUCGGUGCAGAGGGUGGUGGAGUUCGCGAAACGAAUGCCGGGAUUCUGCGAGCUCUCGCAGGACGACCAGCUGAUCCUGAUCAAAGUCGGCUUCUUCGAGGUGUGGCUCUGCCACAUCUCCAAGAUGACCACCGACAAUUCGAUGACCUUUGAAGACGGCACCUACUUCACCCGCCAGCAGCUGGAACUCAUGUACGAGCCCGACUUUGUGUCCGCGCUGAUGCAAGUCACGUCGUCGCUGAACGCCCACCAACUGACGGACACCGAGCUGGGCCUGUUCUCGGCGGCGGUGCUGCUGAACGAGCGACAGGGACUGAACGACGUCAAGGCCGUGCAAAGGUUGCAGGAUCGCGUGCUGGAGGCGUUGAGGGUGCAAGCAACGCGACCCUCCGGCGAGGGUGCCGGCGGCACGGUCACCGCGAUCACCAACGUCUCGCAGAGGAUACCCGAGCUGAGAGCACUCGGCGCCAGACACGCCAAUCUCCUAGAUUGGUUCCGCAGGAACUGGACGAAGCUCAAGUUACCGCCGCUAUUCGCCGAAAUAUUCGACAUUCCCAAGUGCGAGGAGGAUUUGCAAUGAAAAGCAGCUUCUGUAAGCUACAGCGAGGUAAUUCGAGACCAAUAAAUGCCGUGGUGUCGGCGAGAAAGCGAGUCGCCCAGCGCUUACCGAGGCCGUUCUGAGUAUCUAGAAUCGUUCGUUUUAACUCGUAGAGUUAGCGAAACUCAUCUAACACGAUCACGAGAUUCGAAUUGCAUGGAGAACGGUCGAGACGGAGGAACGAAGCGUGCCCGUGAAGAUUGUCUAUCGCAAAGGAUAUUAGAACAUUGAAGUUAAAAGGAAAAUGAAGACGCCGCGACGUCUGUCGUCGACGGCGAGAUUUCUCGUUGACUUGUCGCUAGAUAUCUCGGUUGAAAAGUCAGCGGGGCGAAAAAAAGAGGAACAUUUUCGGAAGCCGAGGGAUCGCGAAAGACUUGCCGUACCAGAAAAUUAAAAGAGAGAAAGGAAGAAAAUUACGCAAUCGUCGGUGAUUUCAACAGCGAAGCCGAGCAGUGGACUUCUCGCGGCGAUUCUUUAGGAGACUUCUCCGGGAUGUUUCGAUCGCACCAGCGGAAGAUGACCUCAAGAGAGAGAGAGAGAGAGGAGGGAAAAAGAUCACCUUUAAAAGGCCGCGCAAGCAAUAAGACGGAGUUCUCCGUGCGAGCGCCGCGCAAGCUCGGAGGAAAAUUCACAGGCGCAAUUUGCUCAAAUUUAAUGGAAACGGCUUUGUACUAUUCGCCAGGCAAUAGUACACACUCAUUACAGCGCAGGCGUACGUUUCCGAACGGGCGUAUACUUGAAAUACUCAGUCGACGAGGGAAGAAUCUUUCGCGCUGCUUUGCCGCCGCGCCAAGUAAUCGGAUGGCUGUUUUAACGAGCGUCGCGAUGAGAGAACAAGCACAAAAUAAACGUAAUAGAGUCAUGGACGUCCGUUCGUGCUCAAGAUUCUGUGGUCCUUUAUUUUCUUCUUCUGUUUCUUUAGAUAAUUCUAAGAUUUAAGGAUAUAUACGUAUUAUAUACAGCGUACAGUACCCAUCUCUGAGCGGCUAGAAAUGGAAAUCGGCCAAAUGAUAGCAUCCGAAACACCAACUAUACUCAACGGACAUAUCAGAAAUUAAGAUUACAAAGUGUUCCCUCGUGUAUUAAGCGUUGCCGAGCACGUACGUAUCUCUUGCAGGUGUCGCGACCAGCGUAAAUGCGACGAGUUAGAAUUUCGAUGUUGCAGACGCGUGAAAAAGAAUUCAUUUCAAUGAACGAUGUAUCUCACGAAAUGGGAGAAAAGAACUACGAAUUUCUUCUCAAAUAAAAACUGAAUACUUAUAUCGCACGUUUCUUAUGAUGCUUUGAAUCAAUGUUAAAUAACUCGGUUAAAAAAAAACGCACGACACUACGUGAGAGUACUUACGACAAUUCAAAGGAAAGAUUCACGCUUUCGAAAGUUGUAAAUCACAUUUGCAUGCGAUUUCUAAAAGUGCUAUGGAAUUUCGCAAACUUCGUAAAAAAUUUUGAAAUUUACCCUCCAUUUAUAUCUGUGACAGCUUCGUAAAGAAUCAGUAAGUGGUUUUCUAAAGCACUGAUUUAAAAAGUAGAAGAGAGUAGCUGUAAAAUGUAUGAAUCUUUUUGAAAAAGUUUAUUACUAUCAUUUUGGCGAAAUUAAAAACUAUAUAAUCUACAAAAUGUAUAAUACAAGAUGACCAGACAUUUCGACUUUACAUUAGGUCAUCCUCAAUGUCAAGUACGAAUUAAAAAUUCACAGUGAAUAACUAAAAUGUCGUGUUUUUAACAAAAAAUUCAACAACAAUUUUAAUUAUAUUUUAUAAUUAUAUACAUACAUAUACACGUUAACUACUCGACCAAUCGAGAUACAUUUCUACGUGUCCCCAACAUCGAAAGUCGAACAACUUGACAUCGUUUUCGAUCCCCUCGGUUUGUCGCGACACCGAGAUGAUAAUGAACGAUUGUACGGCCGUGUAAAUGUAAAACAAAGCGCGUGUAUGCGAUUAAGCACAACGGCUCGCGCGACAUAAGCGCGAGGCAUGCAUACAUAUACGCAUACAGCAGCUAUGAGCUUACGUGUGUAAUUGAAGGCGCAUGGGCGCUGAGAGGAAGCAUACAAAUUUCAUUGCUGUAAGGCUCGAGAGGAAAUCUUUAUAGAACGUAUCUUCUUAUAGGCGCAUCUGCUACGAAUUUCAAUCUAUGCAAUCUCUAUUUUUAUUACUCGACAAGUAGAAUAGCGAAUUAUAUCUCGAUAUACAUAUAUAUAAUUAUAUAAUAUAAUUAUAUAUAUAUAAUUAUAUAUCGUCGCGCGACGUUUCGGGAGACCGUUCCGGGCGGAAGCGCGCAAGAGCGUACCGGAAUGCGAAAACGGCGAUUCGGAUUAAAGUUCCUCAAUUAAUCGCGCGAAAAAAAGAAUUUGCACGUCUACUCGUCGCGGCGAAAUCGUGUCUGUGAUCUGUAAACCGCGCCCCGGCGAACGCGAAACGCGACGAGUCCACACGCGCUUUACGCACGUGCGUACAAAAAUCUGCGGAACGACGCGUACACACCGGCGAUACACGUGGCCCGCGUACAAACACGACAUCCUCAUAAACACAUGCACAUACACGUACACACGCAACGUCCAGAAAACUUUGAACCUGACUCGCGAUUCCGCGCGGAACGAUCCUGCGGCGAGCGCGACCAAGCUCUUCAAACUUUAAACAUUAAUAAACUUUCUGACAAUGACUAGCGUAUAAUGCAUAACGAUAUAUAAUUGCGGAGCGUGCGUGCGCGUACCCGCGCACGUGUCUGCCUGUUUGUGUGUGCGUCUGUGUGAGUCGUGUGUGUAUGUGUGUGUGUAUGCGCGAGAGUGCAUCGAAAUACUCAUCCGUGGAAACGUGGAAUAAGUGAGCAAAAAAAAAAGGAAAUUUAUCGAUAUAGAUAUCACUGUUUUACCUAUACGCCGGGCGUGCUUAAAGUAACGACGUUGAACCCGGUUUAUUAUCGCUAUCACUCAAAUCGAAAGGGAGGAAACGAAGACGCGCGCCGUCCUUGCGAUAUUCAAGGAUGGAAGGAAGAAUUUUCCAAUUCUUUAUCACUCUAUCUCUUUUUCUCGCUCUUUCUCACUCUUUCUAAGCGCUCACAUCAAGUUGUGAAUAAACAUAUCAUACUUAAUUAAUAUAUUGGACAAAGAGGAUAUCAUCGUUUAAUAUAAUAUAAAUAUAUAUACAAAUAUAUAUAUAGGAGAAAUAUAUAUAUGUAUAUUACAAAGGAACAUUAUAUUGAAGCUAUAUUGAAGCAAAAAAAAAAGAAGUAGCUGUUAAUUAACGCGUUAAUGUCGAGCGAAUCGCAAGGUAGGACAUAUCGGUGAUUUCAACGCAACGAUCACGAUCACGUGGUAGUGUUCUCUCGCUUUUAUAUUCUAAUCAUCGUAAUCGGCAAUGGAGGAAGGUCUCUCGUGAUUCAAUAUAAAGUCGAGCGUGCGUGACUUGGCGCUUAUUGAUCGUCAUAUUGUUUCUGCUUUCUAUCCGAUCAUUGCGAUACGAGAAAAAUGUCGAUUAGCGGGCUUCAGGGCUUGGUAUAAAAUUUCGAGGGAGGAUAUCUCCGGACGUGUAGUCCAAUGGCGAGACUCGAUGGCGACACGUGGAUAUUCCUUGGCUGAAAAUUGAGGGAAAAGGCUGUGAGAGAUAAAUUUCGGUGCAAUGUGCAAUAUUGGCAUAAUUUUCCAAUUUCAAGGAAUUCCGGUGAUCAAAAAGAGGAAAUGAAGAAAAGAUUAAACGAAAGAAAGAGAAUAAAAGAUAAGAAAAAAACAGAGGCUGGGGGGGGGAGAAAGGGACUCCUCAAAUAUUAAUUCUUGUUAUGUCACCCUGUCUUGGUGCAAAUUAAAGAUGAGCAACGUAAUUGAAUAUAAUAGACGCAAGUGGACAAAUAUUAUAAAUAGUACCACUUUCUUUCGAGAUCGACAUUUUUCUCUCCGGUUACGUCACGGUCGUACUCUUCAAAAUUUCUAGUCCCACGAAAAUUAUUCGCCGAGUUAGCAGUCGUGAAUUGAAGAGGUGUUCUGGCGAGCGUUGCUGGAGUAUAUAAUUAAACGGCCAAAUACAUCAUAGUAAUAAUAUAGCGUAAUAUUGUAUUAUUAUGAUAAAAAGCAAGAUAAUUCUCUAUCUGUCUCUGUCUCUUAACGACGACGCCGGUCAAUCGUCCUUCGUCGUCCUUGCGCAACGCCGAUAGUGUUCCUUCGUGUUCUUGCCGGUUGUCCGCGCGCGAAUCGAUGAUGCUCCACUUUUAGGGACGCACCCAGAUCCCUUCGCCCUGAUCUCGCCCAGAUCUUUCGCUCCGAUCGCCGGCGAUCCUUCGUUCUUCGACUUUUCGUAAACGCGCGACGAUUGGCCGGUACGGUCAAUAAAGGAUGAAAUACACACGAUACGAGAAAAAAUGGAACGAUAAUCAAGUUGAUGUAUUUUGAAUCUCGAUAUACGUAGUGCGGGAAGGACCGAAUAAAAGCCAGAUCGCAGACGUUGCUGCGCAAACGUUCGUGCUCCAAUGUAUAUGAGACUGAGUUUGCCAUCGAGCGGGAUCCAAAUCAUACCUUCUACCAUCUGCAGCCUGCAGAUUUUAUCGGCCCUUCUCUCCUCUCCUCUUAUUUCAUAUCAAAGAACCUCUCUUUUCAUUUUCUCUCUUCUUUUGAACUUAUUAAACCGACCUGAAGGGACUUGGAGUGAUUUGUCCUUCUCCGUCUUUCCCAUAUCCUCAAUUUUUUUCUUUUUCCCCUCUCGUGUUCCGACCGAGACGCAAGAUUCGCCCGCUCCUUUAGUUCGCCCUCCUUCCGCCAUCUUCUCCGGAUCUCCUAAUUUGAGCUUUUCCGCUUUGUCCCUUUUUAGGUUUCAAGAUACGAGAUUUCGGUCAUGGUGCUAUAGUAUCUGUAUAUAUAUACAAAUCGUUGGUAUAAUCAAUAUAGUUACGAUUAAUAUUAUUGCGGUUAAAAUCCGAUUAUUAUCGCUGUGCUCCUCCCACUGCUAUUAUCAUUAUCAUUGAUAUGUUUAUUAUCGUUAUUGCUACCAUUAUUAUUAUAACUAUUAUUACGAUUAUAAUUAUUAUUAUCGAUAAAAUAUUAUUAUUAUUAUUAUUAUUAUUAUUGCUACAUUGAUUGUACUUAUUAGUGAUUAUAAUCUAUAUUAACGUUAUAUAUCGUCAGCGGCGCUAUUUAAGUCAAGGAAAGGCAAAUGCUAGAAUGAUGAUAAGACGGUCCAGACGGUUUUUUGAAAUACUUUCAUGUAUUCCGCCCACAGUUACUGCAUAAUACCCGCCACAUAAUAACCGCUCUUCGGUUUAAUACAGACUCCAGGUUACACGCGCGCUUAUACAUACCCGUUUUCUAUACACAUCAAAAGCAGUGACAUAUACUUCCACAAAUAUACAGGACAGCCACAAAUUCGCGCAACGAAAUUUCAACAAAUUCUGUGGAGCCAAUUUUUCCCUGACUCAAUUCAUUUGCCUGACUUAGUUCAAUUUUAUCGAUUGAAUUUUAUAUUUUAUUUUUGAUUUACGUAAUGUAAAUUCUUUUUGGAACGACAUUCCAUUUGGAUCUAUUUAAAAUCAAAUUAGAAAUAAAAUUAUUAUCUAUUAUUUACAAAAUUUAAAUUGCGGAAAAGUUGUAUACUUCACUACGUAGUCUGACAUUUAUAUUAAGAGGAGAUCGAUUUUAAAUUGAACUAAAAAGAAAAUGUUAGAUCGAGCACUGAGCGCGAAAUUUGCGUUUAUCUUGUAUACUAUCUAAAAGCGUUUGAUAAAAAAAGCGCGAGCCUUGUUUGAAAAUGAAAUUGUUAACAAAUCACAAAAGCAUUUUAUAUAAGACUCGUUUAUAUUCACAGAUCUUUUAAUUCGUUAAGAUAAAACUAAUUCGAAAAAAUUGAUUAUUCUUUAUCAAGCGACUUGGAUUUACAGUGAACAGUGGUCGACGUAUAAAUAGUGAAUACUAUGAUCUUCUGAAUUAAAAAUACUUCAUACUUUUCAAACUGAAAAUUUUCGAAAGUCUCUCUUACACUUUCGUUGAAAUUAACAUCGUUACUGUUUAAAACAGAUCAAUAUUACUCUUUUAACAAAUACAUAUCGAUGUAUUAAUCUUCGAAUUAUUCAUCUUUUCUAUGAAAUAAAGUAUUACAUAAUUAAUCGUUCUCUUCAUGUGAAGAAAUAUGAUGAAUCGAACUGUAAUAAAUAUUUGUUCCUAUUUACAUGCUCGCCACUGUACAUACGUGCAUAUACAAAGUACCCCAGUCAUCGCGCACUUUCUUGCGACUUUGAAUUCGGCAAAAGUUUCGUCUAAUUAAUUUUCAAAUUAAUGUUUCGUUGAAGUAAAAUCCGCUUAUAAAUUAUACGAGAAAUACAUAUUACCUUUUAUUUGCAUAUCGACGAAGCGAAGAGUACUUCGAUUUCACUAAAUUGCAACAGAAUGAUUGUUUAAAUCUUAUAAAUUUUUUAUUUUUUCAUUUUGUCUUGAAGUUCCUGAGAGAGAAAAUUUAACGUCUGAUAUCCACAGUCGAAGGGGAAAAUGCGCGACACACGGAAUACCAUAUACACAUACAUUAUUAACGAAGAUGAAGACGAUGGCGACGACAAGGAUAAUGAUAACGGUGGGCGAUAUCGGCGUGCCAAGGGAGGCGGGAAUUAUUCUUAAAAGAAUAUAUAUUACAUAUAUAUGUAUAAAAUAUAAUAUAAACGAAGAUAAAACGAUAUUAAGGGUAACUACGACAAAAAAAAAAUGACUGCUCUAUACUGCUAAAGUACAAAUGUUUUCAUUUAGUUAUUUUAUAAGAUGAUAUCGAUUUGUUAGGACCCGCGUUUGUGCCUCGCAUUUAACGCUAAACGCGACUGUCGCGAGUGGUUUUCAUUUGUCUCAUAAUAAAAGUUGCGUGUACAAUGUUAUAUGAAAUUGAGAUAUGACUGCAUACAGAAGAUGUUAGAUAUGAGAUAUGAACGCGGGUCUAAGUUUAUAGCGCGUCGGCUUGGGCACACAUACAUAUAAGCCGGCGCGUAUAUAUGUAUAUCUGUAUUUAUUUGUUAAUCUCUAUACGUGUGGCUUGCCAAAGCCGCGCGUGUAUAUUCAUACAGGAUAUCGCAAAAAUUGCAUUGUUUCCAUCGAACUUUUGAUCCACCACGGUAUUUUUCAUUAGUUUAGAGCCGAUCGUUUCCUCAUAAAUUUUUGCAAACAAUAGUUUUCCCCAAAUCUCUGUAAUAAUAAUUCAAAUUUAAAUAGAGAAGUUUAUCUAAAAUGA